GUGUUAUUUGAACAUGAAGGUGUUUUCAUACACUCAAAUGAAGACAGUGAAGAGCAAGAUCUACUUGUUUCUGGGUUCCUACGGCUCAUUGAUAAGGUUGAUAUCAGUUCCUGAGUUGUUGUUGAUUGCUUUUCAAUUAUUGAAUUCCAGGGACUUGUAUUUAUGCUUAUUGUGUUUUUAAUGAUUACCAGGAUGGUGAAACUAUCGUGGAAUACAAACCCUUGGAGGACACUGUUGAUCCAUCUAACAUGCUGUGUGCUGGCAAGGUUUGACAUUUCUUUUGGAAUGUUUAAUUCACCAAAAUGCCAACCAAUUGUUCAGCACCUUUGUGCAGUGAUCGCCAUGUAAAUUGGAAGGAAAACUGAUAAUGCAUUCAAGAUCACAAGUAUUAAGGGUAUUAUCUGACAGAGCUUUACUGAAGAUUUGUGUGUAUUUGUCAAAAUGGUAAACAAUGGCUGAUGGGGAUAGUCUCCACAAACAGCUGCCUUCCAAUAACUAUUCCAUGAACCAACAUUCCAUAAACAUUCUUCAUGAUUCAGCAAAUUCGAGAAUUCCAACAUUUAGCAACACCUUUCACACAUCUGUUUUAAGAUUUUAGAAUUUGAAUGAUGAUGAUGGGUAAAGAUCUGACUCAUCAUGUUAUUUACGAGGUGAAUCCAUUCCAUUCCCCCAGGAUUCCAGCUCAGUGAUGGAGUGGGCCCAGUGUCCCGGGGAGGAGAGGUCGACUCCUCAGCAAGCUGUGGUGGUGGAGCAGCAGAGCUACGAGACUGAGUGGGACAUGAUCAAUGCAGUCUCCUUUCCCAAGAGGAAACCCUGCUGCAACGGAGAGGGUGGGUGGACAAUUGGGUGCAUUCGUUGUAGCUCACCCGGUGCUGGGUGAGACCAAUAGAAUGCCUCCUACAUGUAACAUGAGCUUUGUUCAGAUGGGUUCACUCAACACAUGAGUUCACUUACAGCAGAAGUUGACUAAGUUGUGGGAUUGAUAUGAUAUGAAAGAAUGAGAAUCUCUUGCCAAGGUUUGGGCUUUCCUUUGUCAAUCUCCACUAUGGUUUAUUAAGGACUGAACAUAGUUUGAAUUGCAUGUUGAUUCACCAGUUGAGGUCAGAAUGAAACUGGAUUAAUUUCUUUGCUUUCUUCCAGGUGCAUUGAACAACACACAUGAGAAAAGCAAGUGGGCUUUCACCUUCAGUGUGUGGGACCUGAGGUCUAUCACAGUGAAGGAGGAGGGCUGGUCCCGCCUGGUGUUCAGACUGAAGGAGCCCCCCACCUCCCUGCCAGCCCUCCACUUCCACCAAGGGGGUAGUGAAGGCUUCCUGGACUGCCUGAGGAGAUACGCCUUGAUCACUGAGUGAGUGCUUCAGCGUUCUGGUCAGCUAAACUAGUCCAACUGGUUCUGAAAAAUAAGUAGUUAUUUGACGAUUGAUCAAUCAAUCUAAUUGAUUUAUAAAGCCUUUUUUACAUCUGCAGUUGUCACAAAGUACUUUACAGUAGAAACCAAAGAGCCAGCAGAAGUGGUCAGGAAAAAGUCCCCAGUAAAAAACCUAGAGAGGAACCAGGAUCAGACAUUAAUAUAUUCUGAUUCCAUUCGUUACCAUGGUUAUUGCAGAUUACAUUUUGUUUUUAAGUGGAAUCGUGGACGCUAAACGACCUCUGACGAUGUUAUGUAGGCCAGGUGAUGUGACUGUAGUGGGCGCAGUGUGGUGAAUCACCAGCAGAGGGAUCCUCUGAGCCCAUUUGAAUCACAGGAUUAUUAUGUUGUUGAUUACUACUGUAUGUUCUUCCAAAAGCCAGUGAAUGGUGCGACAGUGGACAAAGACUCAAUAUAAAGACACUGUAUGAGUGUGUACAGGGCUUGACAUGAACUUUUUUUAGCCACUUGUUUUUUUUUACUUGUCCGAAAGCUCAAGUCACUUGUCCAAAAAUCUAAAAAGGUCUAACACCAUUUUUACAUCAUUGUAUGAUGCAAGGAACCACUUUACGAAAUAAAAUGCAUUACUAUCUUUUUUUUUACUAUAGAGAAUCAGACAAAAAAUUUGGCUACACUCUGCCCAUUGGCUUCUUUGCCUAUUCAAGCCUUUCUCAAAAUAAAACAUUGCUCCUUUUAAGGCUUUCGUGGAGGAAGGGUGGUCCACCUUUAGUAGCCUAUAAAAUAUAUUGCAACAUUACAAUUACAACCAAAAACUUUUUGUCUUUAUAAAAUAUUUCCCUCCAGGGCUCGAAAUUAAGGGCAUCCCGUCGUAUAAAAAAAUAUAUGCCUAAAACAGGUCUGGGACAAAUGGAAAUGUGGCACUGACUCGCCCAUGGAUUGAUGUUUCAGCAUUGUCUCACAGAAGAGUUUGGCGUUCGACCUGCCACGUGUGACAUGCACCCGCAGUUACAAGCCUGCUAGAGUUAGCAGCAGACGGAUAUUGUCUGAGCAAUAUCCACCGUCAUAGUACGGAUGAAGCCUGACCUGGAAUGUGAAGCUAACUGAAGCUGGCUAGAUUUAUAAAAGCCUGAGUAGAUCUUGCAUGCUUCGUUGUAUGCCACUCUGGGGUUAAUUGGUAGAUAGCAUUCCUUAAAACUACCCUUCUUCUAUGUUUUGGCUCAAUAGAGGGGGUUUUCACCACCUGAAACACUGCUGGCUUUUUCAUGGGGUUUCUUAUCUAUAUGCUAAUGCUAGUGAUUUUCAUAAGGUCUAUAGCAAACGCUUGGUUUUAUUUCCUCGUAUGUUUUCAGGGCCCCGGAUGAUGAAACCUGCCUGCUGGUCAGCACUCCCAACAGAGCUCUCUCUCAGUCCUUCGAGAACCUUCUGGAUGACAACAACUACGGCCUUGUUACUGUAAGAGGCUACUAUUGUCAUGCAAAUAGUUGUCAUAGUGAUACAUAUGGCACUUACCUAGCCUGGUUAACCAGACUGACCGCAGUGCUUACCAUGAUGUGAAACUAUGGUGAGCGUAGUGGUCAGUCAUGAUAAGACAUGUUUUCCCUUACAGAAGCUGAAGAAUGAUCCGUACACGACGACCCUGGGGGGCUUCUCCAAGGUCACCAACUACAUCUUCGAUGCGUUCCGUGGCCCAGAGCUGGAACAGCAGCAGCGCCCCCCGGAGGAGGUGGCUGACCUGGACAUCCUUGGACUGGGAGAGGUCAUCCCUGGCCUGGAGAUCAACCAGCAGGAGGAGCCGGGCUUCGAGGUCAUCACCAGGGUGAGUGGAUGGAGAGUGUGACGUAGGAGCACCUCGGCCGUGACCCCUGGCACCCCAAGAUGCUGUGGGGAUCUGAAAGGGAAGAAACAGGCCAACCGUCCUACUUGGAGAGCUACUGAGUGUUCAGGCUUGUUCCAGAUGUAGUACAGUAGGGCUGUUGUUGUGAGGUGUGUUAGAGUAGGCUGGGACACAUUACAUUUUUAACUGCCCUUUUCUGAUAAAAACGAGUUCAUUGCAUCCGCCAUGGAGCCCAGUUUCAUAAUAUUACCAUAUGUCCCAGCUGCCUUGCCGUAGUUUUGAAGUAAUCGCCUAUUAGUUCUAUUGAGCACCGUGGCACCAACUCGCCUUCCUAACAUUCUAUUCCCAGCCCAUUGUUCUGCGUCACAAUGCCAGCUUCGCUAUUGUUAGCAAUGAGACCUGCCCGCGUUAACCUUGAAGGCUUACCUCAGGUAACUUGUUAUUAACAAGGUUACGGGUACUUGGUGAGCGAUCUCACUGUUCGCCUUGGUACACGUUGUGGUGACCCACAGUGCUAGAGAUGGCUGGCGCAUAGCCAUCAAAAUCUGUUUGAUUGUAAGCAUGGAAUUGAGCGAAUGCUGUGCUGGUUCACUGAGUUGCAAACCAAAUGGAUAGGUCUAGCUCAUUGAUUUGUAGAUCUGAUGCAGUUGCUACCUCAGAUUAUGAGCCUAGCAAGUGUUGCGAAUGAGGUUUGUAGUACCCGCAGAAGGCCACAGGGAGAAGCAGGAGAGCUAUAAACCCAUACUGUUUUUGCCUUAAAAACCCUAACCCUAGGUAUAACCUGAUUUAGCCUUAACCCUAACCCUGAACGGAUAGUAACCCUAGCCACAACCCUAAUUCUAGGGUAGGGUAGCCUAGAAAACUUUAGUGAAGACAUCAAAACUAUGAAAUAACACAUAUGGAAUCAUGUAGUAACCAAAAAAUAAGACCAAUCCAUAUUAUGGCAAGAACAGCUCAAAUAAGCAAAGAGAAAUGACAGUCCAUCAUUACUUUAAGACAUGAAGGUCAGUCUUACUCUACAAUGUAGAAAAUAGUAAAAAUAAAGAAAAACCUUGAAUGAGUAGAUGUGUCCAACCUUUUGACUGGUAGUGUACAUGCAUACAGAAAGUAUUCAGACCCCUUUUCAUUUUCCACAUUUGUUACGUUACAGCCUUAUUCUAAAAUUGAUUAAAUAGUCCCCCCCCCCCCCCUCAUAAAUCUACACACAAUACCCCAUAAUGACAAAGCAAAAACAGGUUUUUAGACAUUUUUUUACAAAUUUAUAAGAACAAAAAAACUGAUUUUGGGGAGUUUCUCUCAUUCUUCUCUGCAGAUCCUCUCAAGCUCUGUCAGGUUGGAUGGGGAGUGUCGCUGCACAGCUAUUUUCAGGUCUCUCCAGAGAUGUUCGAUCAGGUUCAAGUCCAGGCUCAUUAUGGGGUAUUGUGUGUAGUUUGAGGGAAAAAAAUACAAUUUAAUCAAUUUUAGAAUAAGGCGUAACAAAAUGUGGAAAAAGUCAAAGGGUCUGAAUACUUUCCGAAUGCACUGUAUGUCUAUAUAUUUAGAUUUAUUUUCAAGUCAGACAUUGUUUUAAUCAGGAGAAUCUCCUCUUUGUAAUGAUGUAAGGCUGGGCAGCGUACUCCGUUGUCAUCAAAAGCUAGCAUUUAAAAUGUCAAAAAUUACACAUUACUGUUGCAACUAACUCUAAAGGCUGCACCAUUGUUUCCCUAUGGGAAAAUUCUACACGGACAUGUCUGUCUAUUUCAAAUUAUUUAAGGCUGGGCAGCGUACUCAUCAAACGCUAGCCCCAAAAUACUUUUUGCUUUUUGAACUUUGAGCUCCCCCUAUUGUAUCUCACAAUGGUUAUAUUUACAAUCUUUUCAAGUCUGACACCGUUUUAAUCAGGAUAAUCUCCUUUUUCUAAUGACAUAAGGUUGGGCAGAAGUGUUUACUUUCUACAUGACUUGUUAUUUUUCAGUUUCGUCCUAAAAACAGAUUGUAGUGGUAAAAUAAAAGGGUAGAAAUGUUUUGGCGUCACUCCAGUCAGAAGGGGCUCAGCGGCGUUUCGUUUCAAUUAGUUUGCGAUGGCCUCGCGCUAGUGUUCCAGCUCAGCCAAUGUUCUUUGGCCGUUUUUCAGCCUUGAAUUUUGACUCAUUCUAUUGUCCAGCCUAGUUAGAGCAGAGUUUAAUCAAAAGUCUGGACACCCAGUAACUCUUCAGGAGGAGGCUUGGCCAACCCUGGUCUAGUGCCUAUGAAUGGUUUCUCCGACCGUAGGUGUCGGUUUCUCUGACAGUGGUAUCGGUUCUGUCUGUCUUCAGCUGGAGUUUGUCUUUUAACAUGCUUACAGUGCAGAAGAGUGCAUGGUCUUAUUGGUUAGUGAUUUGUUUGUCUCAGAUCGACCUGGGAGCCAGGCCAGAGGUAACGAGGAGGCAGCCACUGUCUGCAGAGGACUGGGCUGAGAACCAGGAGAAGGAAGGAAGGAUGAAAAAUGUCCCUCGCCUUAAGAAAAUCAUAUUCAAAGGGGUAUGUUGAAUUUAUGGGGUUAAAGCACCUUCUCCAGUGAAACUCUCUGGGCUGGUUUCCCAGACACAGAUUAAGCCUAGUCCUGGACCAAAAUUACCUUUCAAUGGAGCAUCUCUAUUGAACUGACAUGCUUUUUAGUCCCGGACUUUAUAUAAUCUGUGUCUCGGGAAACUGGCUCUCUGUGUAUAUUCGUUUGUAGUAACUAUAAAUUCUGGGUUUGUCCGUAAAGUUCCUCUAAAUAAUGUCUUGAUCCUGCAGGGUUUGUGCCAUGCGGUGAGGAAAGAGGCCUGGAAGUUUCUGCUGGGGUAUUUCCCCUGGGACAGCACCUACGAGGAGAGGAAAGGCCUACAGAGGAGGAAAACGUAUGUGUGCUUCAACAAGACAGACAUUAUAUUUGAAGCAGCCAUGUUUUUAUAACAAAUGUAUUAUCACUAAUCAAAGUGGCCAACGUGGUCUUACAAUGAAGGUCAGCCUUUUUUGACAUUUGCCUUUGUUAACCAGCAGAGCCAUAUGCUAAUAUAAGAUGAGUAAACUGUCCUUCUGAGGCGUUUUCUUUUUGUUUUCUCCCUGGUGAAUAAGGGAUGAGUACUUCAGGAUGAAGCUCCAGUGGAAGUCGGUGAGUGAGGAGCAGGAGAGGAGGAACUCCAGGUUAAGAGACUUCAGGAGCCUGAUAGGUAAAUGUCGAUCCCAUUCACCCUGUUGUCUUAUCAGGCUGUUCCAGCCAGAGACAACAGUACAGACAUUACCAAUUUGGUCGCACUUGACUAAACAUGUUGCUGUGCGACUAGUACUUUUAUUUUGGGAGCACCAUGCGUCAACCAAAAAAAUCCUAUAAAGAAAACUUGAUGCAUAACAAUAUUUCACCACAACUCUCUUCUCUUCACUGCUCAAACAAGACAGGCUGAUACAUUGUUUACAAAUCAUAACCAAUCAUAAUGCUACAAAUUCUUAAAUGUAGCUAAUUAAACCAAUCACACACCAGGCACAACCAAUCCCUUUUUGCGCAAACUUUCCCUCCAGAACUGUGCAGCCCCUGUUUGGCAGCUCUGUAAUGGCAUUAGCUAGCAAGAUAAACAACUAAAAUGAAACGCGGUGGAAUUUAAGCUUUCUCUAACAAAAAACGAAUUAUGAAAAUUACCAACGGGAAGAAGAUGAUGCUAACGAUCGACCUCGUCUGAAAAAGAUCUACACUGAACAAAAAUAUAAAUGCAACAAUUUCAAAGAGUUACAGUUCAUAUAAGGAAAUCAGUCAAUUUAAAUAAAUGAGGCCCUAAUCUAUGGAUCUCACAUGACUGGGAAUACAGAUAUGCAUCUGUUGGUCACAGAUACCUUAAAAAAAAUAAAAAGUAGGGGCGUGGAUCAGAAAACCAGUCAAUAUCUGGUGUGACCACCAUUUGCCUCAUGCAGCGCGACACAUCUCCUUCGCAUAGAGUUGAUCAGGCUGUUGAUUGUGGAAUGUUGUCCCACUCCUAUUCAAUGGCUGUGCAAAAAUGCUUGAUAUUGUAGGGAACUGGAACACCCUGUCGUACACGUCGAUCCAGAGCAUCCCAAACGUGCUCAAAGGGUAACAUGUCAGGUGAGUAUGCAGGCCAUGGAAGAACUGGGACAUUUUCAGCUUCCAGGAAUUGUGUACAGAUCCUUACGACAUGGGGCCGUGCAUUAUCAUGCUAAAACAUGAGUUGAUGGCGGCAGAUGAAUGGCACUAUAAUGAGCCUCAGGAUCUCGUCACGGUAUCUCUGUGCAUUAAAAUUGCCAUUGAUAAAAUGCAGUUGUGUUCAUUGUCCGUAGCUUAUGCCUGUCCAUACCAUAACCCCACCGCCACCAUGAGGCAUUCUGUUUACAACUUUGACAUCAGCAAACCGCUCGCCCACACAACGCCAUACAAGCUGUCUGCCAUCUGCCCGGUACAGUUGAAACCAGGAUUAAUCCGUGAAGAGCACACUUCUCCACCGUGCAAGUGGCCAUCGAAGGUGAGCAUUUGCCCACUGAAGUCGGUUACGACGCCAAACUGCAGUCAGGUCAAGACCCUCGUGAGGACGAUGAGCACACAGAUGAGCUUACCUACGACGGUUUCUGACUGUUUGUGCAUAAAGUCUUCGGUUGUGCAAACCCACAGUUUCAUCAGCUGUCCAGGUGGCUGGUCUCAGACCAUCCCGCAGGUGAAGAAGCCGGAUGUGCUGGUCCUGGGCUGGCGUGGUUACACGUGGUCUGCAGUUGAGGCCGGUUGGACGUACAAAUUCUGUAAAACAACAUUGGAAGCAGCUUAUGGUAGAGAAAUGAGCAUUUAAAUUCUCUGUAGUCAGCAUGACAAUUGCACACUCCCUCAACUUGAGACAUCUGUGGCAUUGUGUUGUGUGACGACAACUGCACAUUUUAGUGGCCUUUUAUUGUCCCCAGCACAAGGUGCACUUGUGUAAUGAUCAUGCUGUUUAAUCAGCUUCUUGAUAUGCCACACCUGUCAGGUGGAUGGAUUGUCUUGGCAAAGGAGAGAUGCUCACUAACAGGGGUGUAAACACAUUUAUGCACAAAAUUUGAGCUAAAUAUGCUUUUUGUACCUUUGGAAGAUUUCUGGGAUAUUUUAUUUCAGCUCAUGAAACAUGGGACUAAAACUUUAAAUAAGUGGUCACCAACCAGCCCACUGGUUGAUCUCCAAGGCAUUCCUAGUCCGUCACCAAACAUUUAUGUAAAAAAAACAGAAAAUAAAGCCUAUUUUUUUAUUGAAUGAAUUUUUUCAUGAUUCAGCAGCCCUAGCGCCGGGAAGGAAAAGUGUUCCCAGAACUCUGCCUACCCGGCAGACCCAGAGUGCAAAUCAAGUGCACCUAUAAGCCUACCGCUGGCCAAUCAAGUAGCUCAGAUCACCGCGUCGGCACAGUUUCCUUGAGCCAUUGACUGUAAAAAGAAGCCUUGAACGCACAGCAAAGUUGAUACUCUUGAGAUUUCUAAACUUUUAAAACCAUGACUAGACUCAAUGACUACAGCAAAAAGCUGCUGUUUUUAUGAGUAAGUUCAUGUUGAAGUUGUUAUUCAGUACUGUCAACACUUUGUUCAACACCUUUAUAAGAUUUAUAAGCCACCAGCACUGCAGCUGCAAUGAAUGAGUAUAGCAAAGUGUUCCGAUAAGCUUGCAUUGUUAUUAUUAGCGGCAAUAUUACACUUUCUCAGGUCAUAGGAGUAGCAACAUUAAUUGGUGCAUGAGGCAGAAAUAAUGCUGUGCGACUUGAGUUUCUCCAUAAACUGGACGACUGUGGCCCCUUUUCUCAGCGGAGGGAAGGAGGUCACUGCUGAUCCCUCCCUCCCCUCAGACUGACCAUCAGAUGCAGGCCAUCAGUUCAGUAAAACAUUUUUUUAAAGUAAAUAUUAUGCUCACUUAGCUGUGCCUCACAAGUAAUACAACAAAGUAUCAAUUACCAGUUUGAUAAUAUACCUAAAUGUUUUAAAUAUAAUUUCAAAAUGGUCGGAGAAGAACAACAUUGUCAGGGCAAUUCCAGCAUAGCCAAUAUGCAGUGAUAAUGUAUUGGGCAUACAGUGGGGAGAACAAGUAUUUGAUACACUGCCGAUUUUGCAGGUUUUCCUACUUACAAAGCAUGUAGAGGUCUGUACUUUUUAUCAUAGGUACACUUCAACUGUGAGAGAGGGAAUCUAUAACAAAAUCCAGAAAAUCACAUUGUAUGAUUUUUAAGUAAUUAAUUUGCAUUUUAUUGCAUGACAUAAGUAUUUGAUACAUCAGAAAAGCAGAACAUAAUAUUUGGUACAGAAACCUUUGUUUGCAAUUACAGAGAUCAUACGUUUCCUGUAGGUCUUGACCAGGUUUGCACACACUGCAGCAGGGAUUUUGGCCCACUCCUCCAUACAGACCUUCCCCAGAUCCUUCAGGUUUCGGGGCUGUCGCUGGGCAAUACGGACUUUCAGCUCCCUCCAAAGAUUUUCUAUUGGAUUCAGGUCUGGAGACUGGCUAGGCCACUCCAGGACCUUGAGAUGCUUCUUACGGAGCCACUCCUUAGUUGCCCUGGCUGUGUGUUUCGGGUCGUUGUCAUGCUGGAAGACCCAGCCACGACCCAUCUUCAAUGCUCUUACUGAGGGAAGGAGGUUGUUGGCCAAGAUCUCGCGAUACAUGGCCCCAUCCAUCCUCCCCUCAAUACGGUGCAGUUGUCCUGUCCCCUUUGCAGAAAAGCAUCCCCAAAGAAUGAUGUUUCCACCUCCAUACUUCACGGUUGGGAUGGUGUUCUCGGGGUUGUACUCAUCCUUCUUCUUCCUCCAAACACGGCGAGUGGAGUUUAGACCAAAAAGCUAUAUUUUUGUCUCAUCAGACCACAUGACCUUCUCCCAUUCCUCCUCUGGAUCAUCCAGAUGGUCAUUGGCAAACUUCAGACGGGCCUGGACAUGCGCUGGCUUGAGCAGGGGGACCUUGCGUGCGCUGCAGGAUUUUAAUCCAUGACGAUUGUAGUGUGUUACUAAUGGUUUUCUUUGAGACUGUGGUCCCAGCUCUCUUCAGGUCAUUGACCAGGUCCUGCCGUGUAGUUCUGGGCUGAUCCCUCACCUUCCUCAUGAUCAUUGAUGCCCCACGAGGUGAGAUCUUGCAUGGAGCCCCAGACCGAGGGUGAUUGACCAUCAUCUUGAACUUCUUCCAUGUUCUAAUAAUUGCGCCAACAGUUGUUGCCUUCUCACCAAGCUGCUUGCCUAUUGUCCUGUAGCCCAUCCCAGCCUUGUGCAGGUCUACAAUUUUAUCCCUGAUGUCCUUACACAGCUCUCUGGUCUUGGCCAUUGUGCAGAGGUUGGAGUCUGUUUGAUUGCGUGUGUGGACAGGUGUCUUUUAUACAGGUAACGUGUUCAAACAGGUGCAGUUAAUACAGGUAAUGAGUGGAGAAUAGGAGGGCUUCUUAAAGUAAAACUAACAGGUCUGUGAGAGCCGGAAUUCUUACUGGUUGGUAGGUGACCAAAUACUUAUGUCAUGCAAUAAAAUGCAAAUUAAUUACUUAAAAAUCAUACAAUGUGAUUUUCUGGAUUUUUGUUAUAGAUUCCCUCUCUCACAGUUGAAGUGUACCUAUGAUAAAAAGUACAGACCUCUACAUGCUUUGUAAGUAGGAAAACCUGCAAAAUCGGCAGUGUAUCAAAUACUUGUUCUCCCCACUGUAUAGCCUACUGCAAACCUUGCUACAGAACUGUUUUUAAUUGGUUCAUGUUGCGUAGGCUUAUGCUUUUUAAGUUAAACAAAUCUGAGCGGUAGAUCUCUGCUUGCAUUUUGACUCAAAGGGAUCUUGACUCAGAAAAGGUUGAUGACCACUGCUUUACAUGUUGCAUUUAUAUUAUUUGUUCAGUGUACAUGUUUUGAGAGGGGUUGCUUCACGAAUUCAAGUGGUUAAGGAGGGACAAAACUAGCAGCACAAUGUUCUGUGAGUCGAAAGUGUGGAGUAAUAGCAGCAGGGAGGACUUAUUUAGCAACCUAAAACACGAGUUGUUGCUAAAACAAGCCAAAAGCACAUCAAGUGCCACGACAAGUGCAUCAGGGCAGUGGCAGGAGCAACAUCACUACGUCUACUACCAGGUUUUUACCAAAUUCAGACCCAUGCUACUUACCCAGAAAAAUAAUGGAUUACAAAUCAACCCGACAUGGAAACAGUGUCCUGCGCAAACGUUAUUGGCACCAUCGCAGAGACUAUCCGGGAAGCGGGUUAGUGCUAUCCGGAAUCCUUGGAAUGUCCCUACCCUUACCCUAUUUAUUAGCUAGAUUCUCGAUCAAAGAAAUUGACUAGUUGUUGUGAGAGGAGAUUAAACAUUUAUUUAAUUAUCCAAGUAUAAGUUCAUAGUCAGCAUGUUGCCUUGUUAAAACAUUAUUAUUACCUACAUAGUUGUAUUAUUAUUAUCUGUUAGCUGAAUACAGUAAUGGAUAACAAUUUAGUUUGCAGUUGCACUUUUAAAUACAAUGGUUGUUUAUCACCUAUAUAAAUGUUUGCUGUUGCACUUUUGAAUACAAUACAUUUUCUAUAUUACAUUUGUUUGUCCAAAACUAAUCAGUUUCCUACAGUGCAUUUGUAAAAGUAUUCAGACCCCUUGAAUUUUUCCACAUUUUGUUACAUUACCUUAUUCUAAAAUGGAUUCAACUGUUUUUUUCCCUCAUCAAUCUACACACAAUACCACAUAAUGACAAAGCAAAAACCAGGUUUUUAGACAUUUUAGCAAAGAAAAAAAAAAUGGGAAAUUACAUUUACAUAAGUAUUCAGACCCUCUACUCAGAACUUUGUUGAAGCUCAUUUAACAGCGAUAACUGCCUCGAGUCUUCUUGGGUAUGACUCUAGAAGCUUGGCACACCUGUAUUUGGGGAGUUUCACCUAUUCUUCUCUGCAGAUCCUCUCAAGCUCUGUCAAGUUGGCUGGGGAGCAUCGCUGCACAGUUAUUUUCAGGUCUUUCCAGAGAUGUUAGAUCGGGUUCAAGUCUGGACUCUGUCUGGGCCACUCAAGGACAUUCAGAGACUUGUACCUAAGCCACUCCUGCGUUGUCUUGGCUGUGUGCUUAGGGUCGUUGUCCAGGUUGGAAGGUGAACCUUCGACCCAGUCUGAGGUCCUGAGCGCUCUGGAGCAGGUUUUCAUCAAGGGUCUCUUUGUACUUUGCUCUGUUCAUCUUUCCCUCGAUGCUGACUAGUCUCCCAUUUCCUUCCGCUGAAAAACAUUCCCACAGCAUGAUGCUGCCACCACAAUGCUUCACCAUAGGGAUGGUGCCAGGUUUCCUCCAGACGUGACGCUUGGCAUUCAGGCCAAAGAGUUCAAUCUUGGUUUCAUCAGACCAGAGAAUCUUGUUUCUCAUGGCCUGAGAGUCCUUUAGGUGCCUUUUGGCAAACUCCAAGCGGGCUGUCAAGUGCCUUUUUACUGAGGAGUGGCUUCUGUCUGGCCACUCUAACAUAAAAGCCUGAUUGGUGGAGUGCUGCAGAGAUGGUUGGCCUUCAGGAAGGUUCUCCCAUCUACACAGAGGAACUCUGGAGCUCUGUCAGAGUGACCAUCAGGUUCUUGGUCACCUCCCUGUCCAAGGCCUUUCUCCCCCGAUUGCUCAGUUUGGCUGGGCUGCCAGCUCUAGGAAGAGUCUUGGUGGUUCCAAUCUUCUUCCAUUUAAGAAUGAUGGAGGCUACUGUGUUCUUGGGGACCUUCAAUGCGGCAUAAUUUUUUUGGUACCCUUCCCCAGAUCUGUGCCUCGACACAAUCCUGUCUUGGAGCUCUACGGACAAUUCCUUCAACCUCAUGGCUUGGUUUUUGCAGUGACAUGCACUGUCAACUGUGGGACCUUUAUAUAGACACGUGUGUCCCUUUCCAAAUCAUGUCCAAUCAAUUGAAUUUACCACAGGUGGACUCCAAUCAAUUUGUAGAAACAUCUCAAGGAUGAUCAAUGGAAACAGGAUGCAUCUGAGCUCAAUUUCUAGUCUUAUAGCGAAGGGGCUGAAUACUUAUGUAAAUAAGGUAUUUAUGUUUUUAUUUUUAAUACAUUUGCAAAAAUGUCUACAAACCUGUUUUCGCUUUGUCAUUAUGGGGUAUUAUGUGUAGAUUGAUGAUAAUUAAAAUAAAAUAAUAAUCAAUUUUAGAAUAAGGCUGUAACGUAACAAAAUGUGGAAAAGGGGAAGGGGUCUGAAUACUUUCCGAAUGCCCUGUAUGUAAAUAUGUUUGCAGUUGCACUUUGAAUACAAUUAUUAAAAGUUGUUUUAUUCUAAUGUCUUGCCCACUCUCUAGUGAUGCGUUCUACAUCAUCAAGGUAACAACUGAUGACAAUUAAGAAUGCUAGGACAGUCAUUUGCAGUAAAAAAACAAAAACCUUUUCUGGUGCUCCUUACUUUUUAAGUUCUAAGCACCAGUGCUACCAAUGAAAAGUUAAUUUAGAACCCUGAUUACAUGUUAAUCCUGUUUUAGCAAUAAUGGUGGCGAUUUAUGUAUUGCCUUUUGUCUGUUUUAUCUCUUACUGAGUUAGUUUUACUGUAAAGUGUGUGUUGAAUUUUAAAUUCUUUAGAUUAAGUUUGAUUAGAGAAUAUUCAGCUUUGAGGAAGCAUCUGUGUAAUGCCUCUGUUAUCAUGGUGUGUCCUUCCUGAAAUAGGCUAAAUAUGGUUGUUUAUUUAUCAUCUGUGAAUGUCUUGUCUUCUCAGAGAAGGAUGUGAACAGAACAGACCGAACCAACAGGUUCUAUGAGGGCAUAGACAACCCAGGCCUGGUGUUACUCCAUGACAUCCUGAUGACGUAUUGCAUGUAUGAUUUUGAUCUGGGUAAGUGAUAGCAUUAUUGCCAAGUCGUACAGCAGAAAUCAUCAUUUAUGUCUGAUUUAAAAGGUCAUCUGAUUGGCAUAGAUUCUAUUGAAGUCCCUUAUUGAGGAUAAUAAAUUGUUGCAAUUCACCCGUAGUAACAUAGCUAAUUCAGCAACCACAGCUGAUAACUGCAUAUCAGUGGGAUUUGUAAUGCUCACCUUAAUUAACGUUGUGGGAAUUAUACUCGUCUCCAGGGUAUGUCCAGGGAAUGAGCGACCUCCUCUCCCCGAUUCUCUAUGUGAUGGAGAACGAGGUGGAUGCCUUCUGGUGUUUUGUCUCCUUCAUGGAUCAAAUGGUAAGAAAUCUAUCAUUGUUUUGUCUAGUGCUGUUUUUGUGUGUGUUUUUGACUUGUUUUAUGUUUCCUUUGAUAUGCCUGAGUGUGCUGUUUUUCUGACCUGACGUGUCCGUGCGCCUGUGUCUGUCUCCGUGUGCAGCACCAGAACUUUGAGGAGCAGAUGCAAGGCAUGAAGACUCAACUGAUCCAGCUCAGCACUCUGUUGAGGCUGCUUGGACCUGUCCUUCUGGAACUACCUCGGUACCUAACAACACCUGCUCUCCCUCUAACAUUCACCUCUUUAUGUUCAGCUUUUUUUUUAUCAUUAUAAUUUACAAAUGAAGCCGUAAAGAUUGAGGUAAAUCCUUAAACAGAUUCUCAAUCAAUACAGCAGUCUUGCAUAUACAGUGCCUUCAGAAAGUUGUCAUACCACUUGACUUAUUCCACAUUUUGUUACAGCCUGAAUUCUAAAUUGAUUAUUUUUACCCUCACCCAUCUAAACACAAUACCCCAUAAUGACAAAGUAAAAAUGUGUUUUUAGACAUUUUUGCACAUUUAUUGAAAAUGAAAUACAGGCGGCCUCCCGAGUGGCGCAGCGGUCUAAGGCACUGCAUCGCAGUGUUGUGGGGUUACUACAGCCUGGGGUUAAAAAAAACAUAAUUUACAUAAGUAUUCACACCCCUGAGUCAAUACUUUGUAGAAGCACCUUUGGCAGCGAUUACAGCUGUGAGUCUUUCUGGGUAAGUCUCAAAGAGCUUUCCACACCUGGAUUGUGCAACUUUUGCCCAUUAUUUUCAAAAUUCUUCAAGCUCUGUCAAAUUGGUUGUUGAUCAUUGCUAGACAACCAUUUUCAGGUCUUGCCAUAGAUUUUCAAGUAGAUUUAAGUAAAAACUAACUCGGCCACUCAGGAACAUUCACUGUCUUCUUGGUAAGCAACUCCAAUGUAGGUUUGGCCUUGUGAAAGGUUGUCCUGCUGAAAGGUGAAAUGUGAAUUAAUCUCCCUGUGUCUGGUAGAUAGCAGACUGAACCAGGUUUUCCUCUAGGAUUUUGUCUGUGCUUAGCUCCCUUUCGUUUCUUUUUUAUCCUGAAAAACUCCCCAGUCCUUAACAAUUACAAGCAUACCCAUAGCAUGAUGCAGCCACCACUAUGCUUAAAAUAUGGAGAGUGGUACUCAGUAAUGAGUUGUAUUAGAUUUGCCCCAAACAGAACACUUUGCCAAAUUUUUUGCAGUAGUACUUUAGUGCUUUGUUGCAAACAGGAUCAGGGCCUAAAAUCACCACCCACCACCUGUCAAAUGCGGGUAGAUUUUGGCAUUGGCGGGUAAGAUGUUUACUUCACUAGCCACAUUGGCGGGUGGUCAGGGCUCCACAGUCCGAGCAUUUCACUCGCAUUUGUGAAUAAAAAUAGUCAAGUAUGAUCACAUUUAUAAUAAAAUAAAUGCUGCGGAAGCUGUUUUCAAAGUAUUUCUGCCGUUUUUGUUUCAUAGCUGGUAAAAUAUUAGCACAAAGUCAGAACUACAAAUCCUAUAUAGCCUAUCCCACCUCGUGCUACAACACUGCCUGGCUGGGGGCGCACGUGAAGAGCUGAGUGAAAUAUUCAUUUUUAGAAGCGCUGCGCACAGGCAUUAAAUUCGGUCUAAUUUACUUGAAACUAAAGUCUACUGAAGUGAGACUUUGUCCUUGUGUUUCUUGGCUAUUUACAUUGUUUUGGCCACAAGCUAGGUUAUGUUUUCAAUGUUUGAGUUUCAACUGCUAGGGAAGAGAAGACAAUGCUUCUACUAGUCCGACACAAUCUCACAGGCACAAACAUGACAAGUCAUGUUACCACGGCAACAUUCCGCACUUAAAGGGGCAGGUGAAGAUUUGUCUCAUCUGUGAUAUUUUGGUUAAAAGACUGGUCACAAAAAUGUAAUUAAACAAUAUACCAUAUUACUUCUUACUAGUAAUAUAUUUAUUGUUUUAGAAACAUUACAAAGAAUGCUAAUCUGUUUUGUUGGUGUAAUUUUAGCGGGAGAAAAAUAUUUUGGCUGGUAAGAAUUCUGAGUUGAUGGUAGAGUUUUUUUUAAAAUCUACCUGCCACAGUGGCUGGUGGACCAAAAAGUCAAUUUUAGGCCCUGAACAGGAUGCAUGUUUUGGAAUAUUUUUAUUCUGUACAGGCUUUCUUCUUUUACUCUGUCAUUUAAGUUAGUGUUGUGGAGUAACUACAAUGUUGUUGAUCCAUCCUCAGUUUUCUCCCAUCACAGCCAUUAAACUCUGUACCUGUUUUAAAGUCACCAUGGCCUCAUGGUGAAAUCCCUAAGUGGUUUCCUUUCUCUCCUGCAACUCAGUUAGGAAGUACGCCUGUAUCUUUGUAUUGACAGGGUGUAUUAAUACACCAUCCAAAGUAUAAUUAAUAACUUCACCAAGUUCAAAGGGAUAUUCAAUGUCUGCUUUUCUUUUUAAAAAUUUACCCAUCUAACAAUAGGUGCCCUUCUUUGCGAGGCAUUGGAAAACCUCCCUGGUCUUUGUGUUUGAAUCUGUGUUUGAAAUGCACUACUCGACUGAGGGACCUUACAGAUAAUUAUAUGUGUGGGGUACAGAGAUGAGGUAGUCAUUCAGAAAUCAUGUUAAACAUUAUUAUUGCACAGUGAGUCCAUGCAACUUAUGUGACUUGUUAAGCAAAUUUGUUGAACUUAUUUAGGCUUGCCAUAACAAAGGAGUUGAAUACUUAUUGACUCAAGACAUUUCAGCUUUUCAUUUUUAAUGAAUUUGUAAAAAUGUUGAAAAAAGACAAUUCCACUUUGACAUUAUGUGUAGGCCAGUGACACGAAUCUCAAUGUAAUCCAUUUUAAAUUCAGGCUGUAACACAACAAAAUGUGGAAAAAAUCAAGGCAUGUGAAUACUUCCUGAAGGCACUGAAAUUCAAAUUCAACAACAUUCAUUUCAUCCUUGGUUUCAUCUGAUUUCUCCUCUGUGUUUUGGUUCCUCCAGAGUCGCAGGAUUCAGGUUACCUGUAUUUCUGUUUCCGGUGGUUACUGAUCCGCUUCAAGAGGGAGCUCAGUUUUCCAGAUGUUCUUCGUAUGUGGGAGGUGAGUUCUGUUCUGUCCAUAUAACUUUGACCUAUUAGCUUAAGUAUCUCUUUUGUCAUUUAGGGGGAAAUCCAUUUCAGUCUCUUGCUCUUGAGAUUUGAUUGAUUCAAGUUGAUGAUUUUAUUACUUUUUCUUUUUGAGUUCAUGAUUUAUCUUUGCAUUCUGAUAGUUCUUCUUAAUAAGACUUCCUGGUUCUGCUUAGGUCAUAUGGACUGGCUUGCCCUGCCAAAACUUCCAUUUGCUGGUGUGCUGUGCCAUCCUAGACUCAGAGAAACUGAAAAUCAUGGAGGAAAACUAUGGCUUCAAUGAGAUCCUCAAGGUAACAGCAGUCAUUUGCUGAUUGACUGGUUUGUCAGUUGAAAAAUUAUAUCAGACAUUUUCAAGAACGGUUGUUUGGAGUGUUUCCAAGUGAAUUAGUUUUAAAUGUCAUUGUUUUGAAUGUUAAUCCAGCACAUCAAUGAACUCUCAAUGAAACUGGACAUUGAAGAAAUCCUUCACAAAUCAGAGGCUAUUUGUAUGCAGAUCAGAAGUUGUAAGGUAUGUUGAAAGAUGUAAUUUUGUACUAUCAAUUAAAAGUCCAUAAGAGUUAAUUAAAACAAACUAUGCAGGUUCAGAAUUACAUAUAGGUUACAUAUUGGUUGUAUAUAAUCUACAUACUCUUAUUUUCUUUCCUUUCAGGAUUUGCCUCAUUCAAUAAUUGAGAUCCUGGGAUUCAACACAGAAAGCGAACUUCCCAGAUUAGAAGGGCGGGUGUUUGGGACUCCUCUUGAUUCUCCUCAGUCCCCCAGACCCACACAGAGGCAGGAGGUCUUCUCUAAUGGUCACAAUGGACAUUACAGAGAACCCCCUCAUAACGGCUGCAAAGUCACUUUCAUAUCAUAG